CAUCGCGCUUACAGCCCGUGAGAAGAAGAAAGAAGUUUCUGACAACAGAUUUAACAACAUUUGAAAACAGUUUUAUCUCCCUCUUCAGGUAAAGUCUUCAAGUCUCUGCUGACGUCACACGCUGGGAUAGGCUGCGUCACGUGGUACAACUUUCCAAACCUGAGUGUUUCCCGAAAAAAAAUGUGGAGAAACAAAACCCUGGCUAAGGCCUUUGGAUUCACAUAUAUCAUUUGAGGUUUUACACACUGAACUCAAGCCCAAUGUAAGUCUUGCUCAGUGACUGCGUGUGAAAGGGAUAAUGGCAUAUUCUGGAGGAGACGCUAUUCGUCAUUGUCUAUAAUAAUGGUUUUCAACUGGUUUUGCUUCAGGACCAAUGCACAUCAACUGAUGACCCAAAACUGCGCCAUAAUUUAUAUAGAAGGAUAAUUUAUAUAUUCUAGAGGAGACUCCAUUCGGUGUGUCCAAAACAUGCCCCACUACAACGAUGUACACACAGGCUCGUUUCCGAGUCUUCAUGGAUUGACUGAUCACAGGACAUCUGACUCUUUAUGCUCCGAACCUCUUCCACCACCUCCCCUACCGGACCAACCACCGAUAGGCCCCGAGUUUGACCCCAGCGGAAGCGAGGACAACGAGGACUCUGCCCUCGACAUCAAACCUGUCCACCGUUUCAUCCCAGACAAAUGGAAGAACUUCUUCAGGUCCAGCAGCGGAAGCAGCAAGUUGAAGUCAAUGUUGGGCUCGAGCAGCAAGAACACGACCACUGACGGCGUUCGUUGUUCUCCGCCGCAAUCACCAUCAGUUCCCGGUUCCUACUGCGACCCGUACGGCGGAUCCGGAGGCAGUUAUAACUCAUGUAAAGAGCGUGAAGCAAUGCUGUUGGGGAACCCUGUGGAGUCCAUUGAUGGGCAUACGGUGCACACAGCUUUGACAUACAGCGAAAAAGUUGAGGAAUACAACCAGCGCUACGCCUACAUGAAGUCUUGGGCUGGACUUUUACGUAUUCUUGGUUGUGUCGAGCUGCUUCUUGGAGCAGCAAUUUUUGCAUGCGUUUGUGCUUACAUUCAUAAAGACAAUGAGUGGUAUAACAUUUUCGGAUACUCGCAGCCUGGUGGGUUUUACGGAGGAGGUUACAGCGGCUCUUACGGAGGAGGUGCUUACGGCAAUGCCAACUACACCGGACCCAAGACGCCGUUCAUCCUAGUGGUGGCGGGAUUGGCGUGGAUAGUGACCGUAAUCAUACUUGUCUUGGGAAUGACCAUGUACUAUCGAACUAUCCUUCUAGACUCAAGUUGGUGGCCUUUAACAGAGUUCUUCAUAAACCUGACUCUUGCAGUCCUGUUUUUGGCAGCGGGUUGCGUGUACGUGAAUGACACCAGUCGAGGUGGACUCUGUUACUAUUCGUACUUCAAUAACGGCAUCAAUGGCGCUUUCUGUCGCACUGAGGCUGGGCAGACGGCCGCUAUCAUUUUCCUGUUCUUCACCAUGAUCGUGUACUUGGUCGGAGCCAUUGUGUGUCUGAAACUGUGGCGUCACGAGGCGGCUCGGCGACUACGAGAACGUAAUGGGCAGGAGAUGCAGCCAAAAGAUUAUCCUGCUGCUGUGCAUUUGGUUGUUGAUGGUUCAAGGGAGCCGAUGCCAGUCUCAGCGCCGGUACAGCACACUGCCACCCCUGCCGUCGCCAAGCCCAAAGUUGUGAAAGGGCAUAUUCCAGCUGGACUCGCUCCAAAACCUGUGAUCAUGCCGGACUACAUCGCUAAAUAUCCAGCUAUCCGAACGGAUGAGCAGCGGGACCAGUAUAAAGCCGUGUUUAAUGACCAGUAUUCUGAGUAUAAAGAGCUGCAUGUAGAAGUUCAAGCGAUACUGAAGAAGUUUGAUGAAAUGGAUGUGAUGAUGCAGAAUUUACCACAAAUCCCCACCAGCCAUAUGGAGCGUGAUCGCAUCAACAAAAUCCUGCAGGAAUAUCAGAGGAAGAAGAUGGAUCCUUCAUUUCUGGAGAAGAAGGAAAGAUGUGAGUACCUGAAGAACAAACUCGCGCACAUCAAGCAGAGGAUUCACGAGUACGACAAAGUCAUGGGCUGGAACGAUGGUUACGGCUGAAACGGGCAGCACUAGAUUCAAUCCUUCAUUUUCAUGCUGGGAUAUCGUAUUACACUGAACAUGUGACCACUGUAUCUGCAGAGCCAUGCUAGUCUGGAUUUAUGUUACAAACAGUAAUCCAAUGAGGGAUCGAUAACUUGCAUGCUCUUAAUGUACAGCUGAUCCUUGAGCACUGACUGAAAAUAUUUUCUUUUUCAUUUUGUAUUUCACAAUGCCGACUAAAAGUGCAGUAAUGUUUAAAGAAAUACUCCGUGUUCAGUUUGUGUAUGAAUACAGAACUGCUGUUUUUUAUCCGUUCAUUUGAAUGAUUUUAUGCAUUAAUUCAUUUUUCUGCUACUGUGUUGAAGUUCUAUUUGAUCUGAACAACAGCCUUGUCCUGAUAUGUUCAGUGUUGUAAAUGCAUUUUGAUGAGUUGAAUAGGUGAUUUAUAUGCAAAUACUGUAACGAGUGAAAAGUCGAAGCAUUUCAUGCAAAUUUGUUGUAACUGAAAUAAUCUUUGCAUUAAAAAGUCUGGUCACUUCAGACACAACAGAGCAUAUGCUUCCUUUCCCUCCAUGGCUGAUUGCAACAUAGACAUAAAAAUCUUAAGAACUUCCUUAUUCCCUAGAAACUUUCAUUACCCCUCUUUUAAAGAAAGCAUUAGUUCUCCAUCUCUAUCAAUUCUCCAUUUCCGCCACAAACCGCAGCAGCCGUUUACAACUGCAAUUACAUUGGAAUAAAAAAUACAAAUAAUGCAAUUAUAAAACUUGUGACAUUUUACACUUUAUUUCUCUGCUCAAAC